CUCGUAAUGUUUGAAAGAUUAACCAGGCAGCCGUCGUAUGCAACGAGGCCAACAACCAUUUAAGAAAGACAACAAGUUUAAGUGGUCGAAUUUGGUUGAUUUGUUACUCUUCACAUUUAGGGUUUACAAAAAUCCCAAUUCCUAGCAAUUACUACAUACUUGUGGUACGAAAUCUUUGUGACCUGAAUUUGGCAUCGACUGGGAUGAAGGUCAUGGAGGAUAAAAAAGCUAACCGGGGUGAAAAUCCAGCCCGGUUUCAACGUACAGAUCAGUGGCGUCCUGUUUAUUCUUGGUUGGAAGCGUUGGAUUUGGAUGAUGUUAUCAAGUCCAAAGACAUUUCUGACUGGCUGGCUGCAAACCCUGAAGUCAAUGAAGAGUUGGGCUCAAGACAUUCUCGUUAUCAUCUGAUGCACUACAUUAAAAAGUGUCAUAUGAAGAUACUGAAGAAACGGAAGGGUGGGCAGCAGAAGCCUAGUGAAGCAGGCCCCUUGGCUGUUGUUGAGCACCACAUUACGCCUAAUCUGCCGGCCACAACUACUUCUAAUCCAUUGACAAAUGUGCCUGAAGACAGCGAUCUCUAUCGCGUGAAACGACAGGAAGCUUUGAGCAAAUUUGAGAUUCUGGUAGAGUUUGAGAAGCAACUAUCUUCCAUCAUUUCAAAUAAAAAAGCUACACAGGAGUGAGGAUUCUUGAUCAAGUUUGGGGAUAAAUCGGGUAAUACAAACUCGCAUUUGUUUGCUCCUUUUUAGCACAAUUCAAUGGAUAACUGUGGAGUGGAUCCUAGGAAGUUUGUGUCUACUAACUGGUGCCAUUCAUUUGUAUUCGACUACCAGCUGGCUCUUUUCUUCUUUCCUGUGACAUUUCUGUAAAAGUUAGCUAUUAGGAAGCAAACUGUGUCUGUAAAUAACCUGUGUAUGCUUCAGAUACAUUUAUGAUUUAUCACAUUCAAUAUAAGAAUAGAUCUGGUAGUUUUAUUUUUC